AUGUUUGCCAUUCUUUACGUGGCACGAAAAAAGCUGUACGCCCGUGCAGAAGAUGGUGAUCGUCGUCUUAAGUAUGCAGUAAGCAUUUCAGUUGGUCUACUUCUGACUAGAGGAAGGUUAUCAUCAGAAGUGAAAUUAAAAUCAUUCCUAAAAGCAUAUAUGGUAGGGUUUAACUGGAAAGAUUAUCUUUGCGGUAUGGUAGGCAGUCUUAUGUAUGUUAAGGAUAAUUUAAAGGUACGGAGAUUUAUAAAGCGUUUUAAAACCGGUCCAACUUUUAGUGUAGAAAGAAUCUUAAAUUCUGAAAAGUUUGACAGCUUCUUGAGCAAUGCACUUCAUUCAUAUGCAUUUGAAUGUCUGCAGUCAUGA